CCGGCGGCGGCCGGCGCAGGACAAUGGAAGAGGCGGCAGCGGCGGUAGCAGCCGCGGCGGUGGCGGGGGGGCCGUGCCCGGCGGAGCGACCGGGGGCAGCGGCGGCGGCGCUGAGCGGGGAGAACGAGGCCGAGAGCCGGCAGGGCCCGGCGGAGCGCGGCGGGGACGCGGCCCCGCUCAACCUGUUGGACACUUGCGGUGUGUGCGGCCAGCCCAUCCAGAGCCGGCGGCCCAAGCUGCUGCCCUGCCUGCACUCGGUGUGCCAGCGCUGCCUGCCGCAGCCCGACCGGUACCUCAUGCUGCCCCCCGUCCUGACCCUCGCGGCCGCCGCCGCCCCCAAGGAGCCGCCACCGGCGGCGCCUCCCUCCUCGCCCGUCUCUUCGCCGGCCUCACCCCUGCACUGCACGCCCGUCGGUGUUAUCCGCUGUCCAAUUUGUGGUCAGGAAUGUGCAGAGAGACACAUCAUAGAUAACUUUUUUGUGAAGGAUACCACAGAGGUUCCCAGUAGCACAGUAGAGAAAUCAAAUCAGGUCUGCACAAGCUGUGAAGACAAUGCAGAAGCUCAUGGGUUUUGUGUGGAAUGUGUAGAGUGGUUGUGCAAGACCUGCAUCCGAGCUCACCAGAGGGUUAAAUUCACCAAGGAUCAUACUGUGAGGCAGAAAGAGGAAGUAUCUCCAGAGGCAGUUGGUGUGACCAGUCAGCGACCAGUGUUCUGCCCUUACCACAAAAAGGAGCAGCUGAAGUUGUAUUGUGAAACCUGUGACAAGCUGACCUGCCGAGACUGUCAGUUACUAGAGCACAAAGAGCACAGGUACCAGUUUAUAGAAGAAGCUUUUCAGAACCAGAAAGUUAUCAUUGAGACACUAAUCACCAAAUUGAUGGAGAAGACUAAGUACAUAAAAUAUACAGGGAAACAGAUCCAAAACAGAAUUCUUGAAGUGAAUCAGAAUCAAAAGCAGGUGGAACAGGAUAUUAAAGUUGCCAUAUUUACACUGAUGGUAGAAAUAAAUAAAAAGGGAAAAGCACUGCUGCAUCAGCUGGAGACUCUGGCAAAAGAGCAUCGGAUGAAACUUCUGCAGCAGCAACAGGAAGUGGCAGGUCUCUCUAAACAGCUGGAACAUGUCAUGAAUUUUUCCAAAUGGGCAGUUUCCAGUGGGAGCAGCACCGCGCUCUUGUACAGCAAACGCUUGAUCACAUAUCGACUACGGUAUCUUCUCCGAGCAAGGUGUGAUCCUUCACCAGUGACUAACAAUACCAUCCAGUUCCACUGUGAUCCUAGCUUCUGGGCUCAGAAUAUUUUCAAUCUAGGUUCUUUGGUAAUUGAAGAUAAGGAAACCCCACCACAUAUGCCCAAGAGCCCUGUGAUGGAACCAAACUUACAGCCACCAGGCAGCUUACCUUCCAACCAGCUCUCCAAGUUCCCGACACAGAUCAGCUUAGCGCAGCUCCGACUCCAGCACAUGCAGCAGCAGGUCAUGGCUCAGAGACAGCAAGCUCAACGCAGAGCAGGACCAGCAGUUCUGCCAAACCCAAGAAUGCCAGGAGCCAUGCAGCAACCUCCUGCUUCUCAUCAGGCACCUCCGCGCUUGAUUCAUUUCCAGAAUCAUAGCCCCAAGCCCAAUGGUUCAGCUCUUCCUACACAACAGAUGAGAUUUCCCCAAAAUCAGAACCUGCCAAGGCCAGCAGUAAAGCCCAACCCAUUGCAAAUGGCAUUCUUGGCGCAGCAAGCUAUAAAACAGUGGCAGAUCAGUAGUGGACAAACUUCAACCACCCCUUCAACUGCAAGCAGCACAACAUCGACUCCAUCCAGCCCCACAGUCACCAGUGCUGCUGGGUGUGAUGGAAAGAAUUACGGUCCCCCUGUGAUAGAUUUGAGUUCCCCAGUGGGGAGCUCCUAUAAUCUACCAUCUCUCCCUGAUAUUGACUGUUCAGGAAACAUCACACUGGAUACUGCUGUAAGGAAGGAUGACACUGUAGAGCAGAAUCAGCCAAAACCCCCUUCAAACAGGACUGUGCAGUCACCAAAUUCCUCAGUACCAUCACCAGGCCUCUCAGGAGGAAUCAGUGUGACAAACGUACACCCUCCAAUUCGUUCACCUAGUGCCUCCAGUGUUGGGAGCAGAGAGAGUUCUGGCUCCUCCAGCAGGCCACCAGGAGCUGACUCUACACACAAAGUCCCGGUUGUUAUGUUGGAGCCGAUCCGAAUUAAACAGGAGUCAAGUGCACCAAACGAGAACUUUGAUUUCCCAAUUGUUGUCGUGAAGCAAGAGACGGAGGAGGAAUCUCAGCCUCGGAAUUCCAUACUCACUUCAUUGCUGCUGGAUACCAAUCACAAUUCCACUUCUGAUGAAGCUGUGCUACGAACAGAUGCACCAGACAGCACAGAUGACCAGCCAGGGGUACUGCAGGAGAACACAUUCACUGGGAAAACAGGAUGGAUGGGAUCCUCCCACGCUGGGGAGGGCAGAAAAGAGGAUGAUCCCAAUGAAGAUUGGUGUGCUGUGUGUCAGAAUGGAGGGAAGCUCCUUUGCUGUGAGAAGUGUCCCAAAGUAUUCCAUCUUUCUUGUCAUGUCCCUACACUGAUGAACUUUCCAAGUGGAGAGUGGAUUUGUACAUUCUGUCGGGAUUUGUCCAAGCCAGAAGUUGAGUAUGACUGUGAUAAACCUGCUCACGGCUCUGAAAAAAGAAAAUUGGAAGACACCACGGGUUUGGCACCCAUAGACCGUAGGAAGUGUGAAAGACUGCUGCUGUACCUCUACUGCCAUGAAAUGAGUCCUGCCUUUCAAGAUCCAGUUCCUCCCACAGUCCCUGAUUACUACAAAAUAAUCAAAAAGCCUAUGGACUUGUCAACCAUCAAGAAAAGACUUGAAGUGACCAAUUCAUUCUACACAAAGCCAGAUGAUUUUGUGGCUGAUUUCAGACUGAUUUUCCAAAACUGUGCUGAAUUUAAUGAGCCUGACUCAGAAGUGGCUGAUGCUGGCAUGAAACUCGAAGCCUACUUUGAAGAUCUUCUAAGGAACCUUUAUCCUGAGAGAAAGUUCCCUGUACAGCCAAGCAGCCAGAGUGAAAAAGAGAAUCCAGAACUUACUGAUGACUCAGAUGAUGACUUUGUACAGCCCCGGAAAAAACGCCUCAAAGGAGAAGACCGUCAGUUGCUUAAAUGAGCCCCAUGCGUUACGACAGGAAGUUUUUUUAAAACUGAGAAUAUUUAUCACUGUUCUCACUGUUUUGACUUGUAGGUUUGUGAAUAUUUACUAGACUUUCUCCCCAUCUGAAACACAAAUCUAAUGGAGAUCAAGGCAUGUGAAGAGCUUCUCUGAAGUUCAAACCUUUCAUCUCUUUUGUGGAUCAGCUCAGAAAUUGCCAUUUGUGUGGGGUGACAGCUGUUUAACUUUGCUUUGAAGAAGAAGUUUGUAUAGAAUUGAACUUCAAAACAUGACAUGGGUUCAACAUGUGGCUUUCUGAGUUUGAAGAAAAUGUGAUCUCACCAGAUUUUUAAUUUUACCAAAGGCAUGGGGCUGGCCAUAAUUUGAUCUCUCUGUACUGUAUUCAACACAAACCACAAAAAAAGAUGGUGUAAUGUUACUGUCCUGCAAUACUGAUUGGUAUAAUGAGAGUGUAGUUGCCCCCAAAGAAGUUACUGGGAAUUUUAAAAUGUAAGGGAGAGGGUAUUAAAAAUAACUUUAAAAAAAAGGAAGAAGAGGAAUUUGUUUGAGAGUUUCUAAUGGAGGAAGUAAAGGACAGAAUACUUUGGUUUGCACCAUUUUUCUCACCACCAGCAGGAAGCAAUGGUAUUUCUGUACUAUUUUGUUUAACAGGUGUCUCAAGUGUGAUGUACCUCUGUUUAAUGAAUUUGAUGGGGACGUCUUGAGUGGAAAAAUGUUUGUUUGCAAAACCAGUCAUUUUUGUGUAUUUUUAAAGACGGGAGAAAAAGCAUCCUUUCUGUCCACAAUCCCUUGUUCUUUUUCCGUAUUUCUAAAUCUGUCAUUGUCAGAAUGCAACCAGCAUUCACCUGGGAGUACACAAGUUUGAAGAGAAAGAAGGCUCUUCAGCCCUUCAUUGAUCCUGGUUAAGAUCACCACAAAAUGAGGAUGAAGUACCUUAUUUUGUUUGGUCUACUUUCCAGAAGCUCUGACAACAUUAGGAUUGCUUCUGCCCUCCGAGGCUGCAGAGUUAGAGCAGUACUUGUCUGUGGUUGCCCUAGCUAUUGUUUUUUAGUCUUCAUUUAUGUCAUCUUAAAUGAAAACUCAGUGUUUGGGAGAGCAGACAGUCAUUUGGAUUAAUUGAGCUCUGACUGUGCCAGAAUUCUGCAGUUUGACUUGUGAAGACACUUGAGCGUACCCAAGCCUGCUUCUGCCUGGCUCUGUAGCCCUGGUGUGGUGCAUAGAGCAUGGAAGAGACUGGAUCCAAGUGCUGCUUGUGCCUCUCUGCUGCGUGCGUGUGGAAUGAGAAAAAGGCCUGGCUUUGCCUCUCACCUGAUGAGAUCGUGCCUGUCUUUGUCAUAGGGUGGCACUGCACACUAAAAUAUAGUGGACACUCCCAUAAAAUACUCAGUUGUGUUUGCAGCAGGCCUUUUGACAUAACCUCUGAUCAUGUGGUGGAUUAUUAGGCUGCCCAAAGUAACCAGUUAUUUUCCUUUUUUUUUUUUUGGUGGGCUUCGGUUUGCUGGGUUUUUUAAAUUAUUAUUGCUGUUGUCACUGUUGUCAUUUUAAAGCAGGAGAAGGCAGUGGCCUGAUGCACUCCCGGCCCAUGCUGAGGCAGCCCCUGUGCCCAGGUGAGGACAUCUCCCUGCAGAAGCUGAUUUCCUUUGAGAGCCUCAGGAGUGGCCUCUGGAAGUUCUUUUCCCUGAGGAAAGGGAUGCAUGUCCCUGCCUUCAGGGCACCUCCAGCGUGACCCACCUGUGAAAGCUUUCCAUCAGUUCUGUAGUUCCAGCCAGCCCCUGAAAAACUCCAAACUUAAUCCAAACAAAACUUCAUCCAACUCUUGAACAUUUAUUUUAAGGCAUCUCCAAGGGCUAUUGCUUGGGAUUUAAUUUCUGUGAGGGAAGAUUCCCUUGGCUUUAAUGCUGGUGAUGGAUGAUGUCCUCAGGCUGGAAGGGAAGGGAUUUGGGGUGCAUGGGACAUACCUGGUAGGUGUGUGGGAGUUCCAGGAGGUCGGCAUUGGGAAUUGCUGUCUGAGCCCCUCUGCAAACACACAGUGCCGACAUUCCCAGGUAAUGCCCAAGCUGUUCCUUGGGGGAUUUUUGGGGUGUCAGUGAGGUCUGUCCACAGCGAAGCAUCUCUGGGUUCCUGUUCAGAGCGGCCCCUGGCCAAGGAGCAGUAGGCAGCCCUUUAUCCAUGUCCAUCUGAGCACUGCCUGGGCAUCCCAGUGCCCGUGCCUGGGAUGUGUGUUUUGUAUUCUGCGUGCCACAGGCAGGACACUGCAGGCACAGCUGCUCCCCUGGAAAUACAAAGGACAAGAGGUGCCAGUUCCUUUUCUGUGGCUCCGGACCUCCCACCCUGCUUUCCCGGCCAGCUGGGACACACGGAGAAAACACCAAGGAACAUUCCUGGCAGCGAGCGGGAGUCACUGAGGGCUCUGCGCAGCUCUGGGCCAGAAAAGCAGCCCCAGCCUCAGCACCUGCCCUGAUUUUGGGCUGUGAACACUCACCUGCAGAAAACGCCCCUGUGCAAGCGGGACCAGCCCUGACACUCCAGAACAACUUUUGCAACGGACCAAGUGAACCCUCAGGACUCGUCCUGCGCUUUCUCCCUGGAAAAGAAUAUUGCAUGAGUACCAUUACAGCUGUUCGGUAAAUCCUGGAAAGGGCAGGAAAUCAUUAUUUGUAAGAGUUUUGUGCUGUCAUGUCAGGUGCCAGGCAGUUCUGCUCUAGAGCCAUUCCAGGGGCUGGUGGGUGAAGCAGCAUGAGCAGAAAAGAAGGAGCUGCAUUGGCCUAGGAAUUCUCUUGCUGGCAGCAGUCAUUCUCAUCCCAGGCAGGACCUUCCUCACGAUCCCGAGAUUGGCUCAGGUGCUUGGAGCAGGGUGCUGAAAAUGCCAAGAUUCUGAGUUCAAUCCCCAGAUGGGCCAAUUACUUACCAUGGUUUGACUUGAUGAUCCUUGGAGGUCUUUCUAACUUAAAAUCUCCUGUGCUCUGUAAAUAAAGAGUAAAUAGUUUUCA